UGCGUUACCGCGGCGUCUAGCUUAGCGGUCUAUGAUUAAAUGCUAGUUUCUGUGUAAUGAUUUCAGCUCCGAGUUGCGUUUUGAAACUGUAUAAUGCGGCGGUACAUGCGUGCACUGAUGCUGUGCAUGGUGUUUGCCGUGUUUUCGGGCUUGUAUGUUUACAGCAGGCUCUUUUACUCGGACGUGGCCGCCAGAAGAAACGGAGCAAAGAAGAUUCUCAUCCCACUGCGAGCGUCUGGAGCCAGGCGAGGGGUCACGGAUAAAAACGCACUCUCGUUCAAUUGGUACAUCAUGCGUCAGCAGGAGGCUGCUGGUACCAGGCCUGAACCUCCCAUGCACUUGGCUGUGGUGGCCUGCGGGGAGAGGCUGGAGGAGACGCUCACCAUGAUUAAGUCUGCUGUGCUCUUCAGCGUCAAGCGCCUCCAUCUGCACAUCUUUGCAGAAGAUCAGCUUCACGCCGGCUUCAUUGAAGCUUUGGAGUCGUGGCCUGGUUUUAUUCGCUACAGGUUCAGCUACAGAGUCUACUCCAUCAGGUUCCCCAAUGAGAAUGCAGCGGAGUGGAAGAAACUCUUCAAACCCUGCGCUUCACAGCGACUCUUCUUACCUCUCAUCUUAGAGGACGUUGACUCUAUUGUGUAUGUGGACUCAGACAUCCUCUUCCUGCAGCCGGUGGACCUCUUGUGGAGGUUCCUGUCUGACUUUAAUUCUUCUCAGCUGGCUGCUAUGGCUCCAGAGCACGAGGAGCCCCGCAUCGCCUGGUACAAUCGCUUUGCCCGUCACCCGUUCUACGGCAGGACGGGCAUCAACUCAGGGGUCAUGCUCAUGAAUCUGACACGUAUGAGGAGCAUGUUCUUUAAGAAUGACAUGACAUCAGUGGGGCUGCGCUGGGAAGAGCUCCUGAUGCCUCUACUCCAGAAAUAUAAACUGAACAUAACAUGGGGAGACCAGGACCUACUAAAUAUCAUUUUCCACUAUAACCCUGAGUCCUUGCUGGAGUUUCCGUGCCAGUGGAACUAUCGCCCGGAUCACUGCAUCUAUGGCAGCAACUGUGCCUCAGCUGAGGAGGAUGGCAUCUACAUACUCCAUGGAAACAGAGGAGUUUACCACGACUACAAACAGCCUACUUUCAGGGCUGUUUACGAAGCCAUAAAAAAGUACACUUUCGGCACAGACCCAGUGACGUCUUUGUUGGAGCCUUUAGAAGAGGAACUGUUAAAAACGACACACACUUAUUGUGGUAAAUCACACACACUCUUUACGAAGAGACUGAGGAACAGUGUGGCAAAGAUCAACAGGAAAACUCGGGAGCGGUGACGAACCUGAAGGACAAUGACGGGACACGGGCUUUAUGGAUGAUGGGCUUUUGCAAGGAAUUGAAGUCGUACCUGCUGAUCUUGAAAGCCUAAACACCAAAAAAAAUCGAAUGAGUGAAACUUUGUCAUCAGCUGCUUGAGUUGAGGCAGCUGGGCUAGUCUUAGACUGAGACUAAUGACUGCUCAGCUCUUGUAAACCACCAAGAGUGACGCAAAAGCUCUAAAAUGGACUACAAUGUAGAACAGGCCAGACGGGCUUGUAACAAAGCUCUGAUCUUGGCCGCAGAUUGAAACAAGGACUUCGCUUUUUUUUUUCCUUUCAUGAAUUUUUAAAAUUGAGAACAGAAGAUUUUUUUUUUUUUUAUUCCAUAUUGGAGAAUUUAUUUUGAACCUUGUGAGCCACAAGAGAAAAUAAUCUCAUCAAAACUGGACAAAAAGGCUUUCUGCAGCGCUCAGUUGGAGAGGCACAUGCACUGGACCACUUUUCUUUUUUUGUUCAGCUUCCAGAAACCACUCAGCAGUUAUUUAUGAGAAAGGACCAUGGAGAAAAAAAAAUGCGUACAAUGUACUGAAAGUAUGUGUCAGUAUACACAUGAUGGAAAUGUGAGUUUAAAAAUGGGGUGAAAUAGCUGUCUAAAUAUAUAUUAGCAUAUAGUUGUGCUGAAAUAAUUCUGGUGAAUGUGCAAAUAAGCUGUGAGCUCUUUCCUGAUGCCAAAGUAUUUGUUUGUUUUAAAUAGUUUUUGCACUGCUGGGUGUUUUUUUUUUUUUUUUUUUUUUUUUUUUUUAAUUGUUCAAAUUUAAAAUGUUAUAACUGCGAGUGUGCAUGUGAGUGUGACGGUUUUGUGACAGUAAUGUGCGUCAUUGUUUUGUUAUGUUCAAAAUAAAAAUGGAUAAAGAUCAUUUCAGCUUGCGACCACUAGAGGGCAGCAGUUUUUCAUGUGUUCACUAGUGCCUGUAGAAGAAGUUUACCCUUUGAUGGGGAGAAUAUCAAGUAAACUGCCAUAAAGCAAUAUUAAAUAACUCAUGAGUCUGGAA